AUGUCUGUUAUCGGAGAAGCAGCCGCCAUCAUUGGCAUCACUGAUGUUGCUAUUAAGAGCAUCAAAGGCCUCUACGACUUUCUCCGAGCAAUCGACGAUGCCCCCGAAGAAAUUGCACUUAUUCGCGUCGAUGUAAAAGACUUACAUGCCAAACUUUCAAGCUUAGAGUUCUUAUCCAAAGCCGACGCUAGAACGGUCGAUGAAGUCAAAGAGACCGGCAUUGCGAAGGUGAUCAACGACUGUGGGACGCAAUGCGACGAGUUCGAGAAGCUGGUGGUGAAGUGGAUCAAACACGAUGACAAGAGCUGGCGAGAUAAAAUCCGAGUAGCCUUGAACCAGUCUAGGAUACAAAAGUACAAAGGGGUGUUAUGGUCAGCGGCAAGAGACCUCGACUCGGCGGUAGGCAUUUUGACGCUAAAAAUCAAUGUGUCGAACCGAUCGCCGGAACAGCAGGCUGCCUCGAUAAACCAGCUGAAGGAAGCAAUGGUAUCGUGGGCAGUGGAGGCCGAUGCAAGGCGCAAUGACGUGCCGCCGCGUUUGGUUGCAAUCGCCGAAUCCGACGAAGACGAGGCAGAGUACGUACAACAAGAGUUAAAAGCGGGCGAUACUGCUCUGGAGAAAUUCAUACAACGCUGCAAGGCUACGACGGCUCAUCUUCAAGCGGUCAAGUUAGAACAGCAGAUCGGGGAUAUUCAUACCGGAGAAGAAGCCUAUGCUCAGGUAGGGAUGCCAAAGGAAUCGGUGGAAAAGGUGAGCCGGCAGCACAUCGGGAGUGUUACGACGGAGAAGAAAGGCAAAUCUCAGAUUGCGAUCUGGUAG